CGGCACCCGGUGGCUUACAGGCGGUUGAACAGCAGAGAGGCGACCGACAGGGGAAGCGACAGCCGUGAUGCUGCUGGUGUUGACCACCGCCGCCAUCGUGAUGGCAGCCUGCGUGGCCACAGCUGCGCCCGUUGAUGUUGCAACGCAAGCCGCGGCCACAACUGCAAACGAUGGCUAUGUGGAGUUCUCCGAUGUUUGCGAGGGACGGCUCUUCGUCGGGCAGUUUUCCUUCUCGAGUGCGCAGCUUGUUUGCUCAAGCCUCUCUUAUGAGCUGGCCACCAUCGAAGAUGCCACACAGAAUGCCGCAAUCGCAAGCAUUCUUGAGGCGACGGGAACCGCGUGGAUCGGCGGCACAAGACAAGCGGGCGACAGCGACUUCCAGUGGGUGUCUGGACAGCCAUUCCAGUAUACCAACUAUGCGACAGGAGAGCCAAACAGCGCUGCUGGUACGGCUGCUUGCCUGGCCAUCAACCCAGACGGGACCUGGUUUGACACAGACUGUGCAAGUGAAAUGGGGGUCGUGUGCACGCGUUGUGGCGUUGCAACCUCCAGCGCUUCCACCAGCAGCAGUUCCACCUUCACCCCAAGCACGGCCUCCUCAUCGUCAACCUCGUCUUCAUCAAGCACAUCAUCGACAAGCACACCAACGUUUGCCACGCACCAGGUCACGUCCACGUCCACAACAACAACCACGAUGAUGCCAACGACGACCACAACAACCACGAUGAUGCCAACAACGACCACAACAACCACGAUGAUGCCAACAACGACCACAACAACCACGAUGAUGCCAACAACAACCACAACAACCACGAUGAUGCCAACAACAACCACAACAACCACGAUGAUGCCAACAACAACCACAACAACCACCACCACUACCACUGCCACUACCACCACCACAGCAGCGACGACAACGACGAGAGAGACAACCGUCAUUGAUGUCCAACCUCCAACAACACCACCCAUUGUGUGUGGUUCUUGCAAUCCAGAAGUGCCAGGCUGGUUGCAGUUUGAUGCAGACACAUUCUUCCAGGCUUUUGUGCGCAGGCCCCAGCCGUUUGAUGUGGCACAGGAGACAUGCCGCGCCUACGGUGGCGAGCUCGCAUCCAUCCACUCUGCCAACGAGAACCUGUUUGCUGCGACAUUCCUCGAUUCCGACAAUUCCGUGCAGUGGCUUGGUGGGGCUCGCUCUGCCGAAGACCCCACCGUGUUUGAGUGGAUUGACGGCACGGCGUUUGAUUUCCAGGCGUGGUAUCCUGGCGAGCCAAACAACUACCGUGGCAAUGAGGCUUGCCUGUCCCAGGGUCUGAAGCUGGUGCAGUCGAGUCAGUGGAACGACGCGCCAUGCAGCCAGUCUCGCCCGUUCCUGUGCAAGUCCUCGACGCCACAACAGUUCCCCGCGCUCGUGCUUGAGUUUCCCACGCCAAUCUCGGAGUCUGAUGUCCCUGCGAUUGAGCUCUUGCUCCAGAGCGCAGGCCUUCCCUCCAACAACCCAACAGGCAGUAGCAUCACCGUGCAGCUCCUGAGCAGCCAGUUGGUUUACAUCCAGCUGGCAGGCAACUUUGAGCAGUAUGCCGGUGAGCUGGCCCUCAAGGCACUCAACGACCAGCUCAUUUGGCAGGCGGGCAUCCCAAUUGCCUACGUGCCCCUGACCUCUGUCCUUGACCAGAUUCAGGCCACCACCACAACAACAACCACCACAACCACGACCACGACCACAACAACUACAACAACCACGACCACAACAACCACAACAACCACGACCACAACAACCACAACAACCACAACAACAACCACGACCACAACCACGACUACCACGACCACGACUACAACAACAACAACGACAACAAUGACAACCACGACGACCACGUGGCCCUCGCUUGUGGUGUCCACGUCCACCACGGUCCAGGACCAGUGCGGCGAGUACGAGCUUGCAUAUGCGACGGACCAGCCAAACUCCCAGCAGCUGCAGUGGAGGAACGCGUUUUACCCACCGGCGUUUGCCCGUGAACCCCUCACUGCAAUCCCAGAGGAAACGACGCUGGCCGCAUUUGAGGCCGAAUGCAGAUGCGCGUGCGAGGAGGUUGCGGAUUGCGUUGCCCUCUACGUCGCUGUUGGCACCACCCAGUAUGCGUGCACGUUCCUGGCCACGACUGGCGGUGCUCAGCACACGACCAACGAAGGCCGCAGCUACAUGAAGAUCUACGGCAUGACUGAAUUCCCCGCCAUCCCUGAUGCGCUUCAGGCCUGCCUGACGACAACAUCGUCCACGAGCACAGCGACACCGCUUGCGGGCGACUACCUGUCGCUGUUCCGUGGCCGCUUUGUGUUUGAUGGUUUCCGUUUCGCCAAUGCCUUCUCCGACACCAACACCAUCCGCCGCAUGUACUUUGACAUUGAGGCCAGCCAGGACCUCGUCCUCUCUCGCUGCUCUACAUCCUGCUGGACCACGCCAGAGUGCACUGGCUUCUAUGCCCAUUUUGAGGACACGCGUGUGUUCUGCAACCUGCUGGAUGCGCCCCGCGGCAAGGCCAAGGCUGGCCAACCCAGUGCAUCGUUCAUCUUGCCAAGGUCGCUUCGCUUGGCGCCACGCACCACAUUGAGUCCAAUCGAUGACACAACCACGACCACCACGACCACACCAACCACAACUACAACUACAACGACCACAACCACCACCACCACUACAACGGCGACGACGACGACGACCACCACCACAACAACAACAACAACUACUACCACCACAACGACAACCACCACGACAACCACGGGUACUGUGGGGCCAUGCCAGCUGCAGACGGUGUUGACCUGCUAUUACCGCGACAGCGGAUCGUGCUCCAAUGACGGUCAGUGCGUGAUUGAUGCUGAUACGGCGUUCUGCAUUCCAAACCCGAGGGUUUGCACAGUGGUGCUCGACCCAACGACGCCAAUGGCAGCAACCACAACCACAGCAGCCACGACCACAACGACCACAACUUCGACCACAACCACAACGACCACCACGACCACCACAACGACAACGACCACCACGACCACCACAACGACGACAACGACCACAACAACCACAACAACCACAACCACCACAACCACCACAACCACCACAACCACCACAACCACCACAACCACCACAACCACCUCCCUUUCUUCUACAUCCACCUCAUCUUCGACAUCAACGAGCACCAUCCCCUUGACAACCUCCACGACAUUGCCAGGUAGCACGAACGUGACACCAAGCCAGGUGCCACGGACUCGGUCCAUCCCGCUGUGCUCGCUGGAGGAGUCCCUCACGUGCUACUACCGGGACGCGGCGUGCGAGGUGGACAACGCUUGCGUCCUUGACGCCACGUCCGGAUUCUGCAUUCCCCAUCCAGACACAUGCACGCUCGAGCUGCAGGCCCAGCGUCCUGUUGCACCUUCCACCACUGUCGGCGACACCGAGUAG